AUGUCUUUAUCAAUUAAUUGCUUUUGGUCUCUUUUAUCAUUAAGAGACCUAAGUUUCGUUUAUAUUUCUCCUUGGUUAUCUAAAGCUCUUGGUCCUGACCAUGACUCUUUAUUGGGUACUUCGGUUUUCGACUAUUUUCAUCCUCAAGAUCGUGAGUUGGCGCGUCGCGACUUGUCUGAAUGCCGCUAUAAUAAUAUCUCUGCGAUAAAAAAGAAAUUACAAUCUCAACAAUCUCAAAUCCUUUCAAAUAAAGGAUUUCCUUCUUCAAAAUUAUCGACUACCUAUCAAGAUGAUGAUAAUGAUUAUAUAAUAAUGAAUUUAGGAAUGAAUGUAGUUAGUCAUGAUAUCGUUCUUGCUUGCUUUCAUCCUGAUGAUGCAAAGCCAAGUAAUUGCUCUCAAAAUUCUUGUGGUGAGACUGAAUUUACAAGUGAUUUGUCUUCACUUUUACGUAAAAAUUCAUCCUUUGGUUUCUCCAAAGUACAAACUCCACCUGCAACUCCCUUUCCAGAAAACAAAUCAUUACCCGUUGGUAAUAAUGUUUCGUCAAAUCGUAUUUUUCAAAUAUUAGAUAGGAAUUCAAGGAAUUUAAUUUUCACUUGGCCUGAUCCAAGUUUUGUUUCUGGCACUGAUAUCUCUUAUGAUAAGGAUGAGUUCUCUAGAUUAUUACAAAAUUCUCCCAUAAAUAAUUGUAACUAUAUUAGUGGAAAAGAUAGAAUUGAUACUCAAUCUCCUAAUUGUAUGAGACCAAUUUCUAACAAACAUACUAUGAUUUCAACUUGUGGAAAAUCUCAACAAGUGGAGAGCCUCAUGAUUCCUUAUGGGGUCAUCAUUUUCGCUUGUUUUCAAGUUUUACCCUUGGCUUCUUCCAUUUUAUUCGCUUCUCCUCCUUACAAACCUCAGAAAUCUUUGUCUGCUCCUUGCUCUCCACCUACCGUGAAUAGUACCAAUAAAAGACCAAGAUCUCCUAAUUCUUCCCCUGGUUCUUUAUCUCCUACUUAUUACUCAGAUUCGGGUAGUAAUGGUGCUUGCGGUUAUAAUUCUGGUCAUCCUUAUCCUUAUCGUCAAGAAAUAUCUGAAUUUAUCAUUCCAAGACCUUCAAAAAGAAUUUGUCGUCCAGAUGAUAUCUCUCCUAUACCUCAUCAUUUACCUAAUCCUAUUUCUCCUCAUAAUUCACCACCUGUUUAUCAAGACCAAUAUUCAUUCUCUUCAAUGUCUCAAUCACAAAAUGAUCAAAAAUUACCAACUAUAUCACAUCAACAAAUCUAUUUUGCACAACAACAUCAACAACAAAAUAAUCAUCAUAAUCAUCAUCAAUAUCCGCCACAUCCACAACAUUCAUCAAAUUCACAACAAUCAUCAAAUUUACAACAUCCUCCACAUUCACAUUCACAACAUUCUCAACACUCUCAACAUCCACAACAUCCUUCACAUUCUCAACAUUCACAACAUGUAAAUUCAUACCCUUCUCCUACUUUCUUACCACAACAUGAUAAUAACGUUAUUCAUCAACGUUCUAACCCUCCUCCACCACCUUCUUCACAACCUCAACCUGUUCAAAAUCAGGUUACAAAUUUCCCUCAAUAUCCUCCUCCAUCACAACGUAGACCUACUCCUGCAAUUAAUGGUACUAAAAAAUGUGAAAGUUGUCAUACUGAUUCUAGUCCAGAAUGGAGACGUGGUCCAACGGGUCAUAAAACAUAUUCUCGUACGAUAGCUCGUGAGAUUCGUAAACGUGAGCAAGCUCAACGUGAACAGGAACAACGAAUUCGAGAACAACGUGAAGGUGAAGAACGUGCACGAGAAAGAGCUGCUGCUAUUAUGAUGCAGCAUGUUAUCGAACCUCCUUAUAAUCAAUAUAGGCCAAAUGCAAAUAUGACAGGAGAAGAAAUUAAAACUGUUAGAGAAUGCUUUCCGCCAAAUGGUUUUUAG